CAGCUCGUACAGACUUAUUACUUUACUGGUUAAUUUUUCUAAAAUAUUUGAAGCUGGAGAGCGCCAGGAAAGUAUCCUAGGCGAAAUAUUCUAUAUAAUUUUUACAUCAGAUUUUCCUAACGCUGACAACAUUUUAACUGGGACAUAUUCUGACGACUCAGCGUAUUUGAUGCCAUAAGUGUUAUCUUAUACCGGGGGUUAUUUAUAGCUGGCUUAGGGCUGUCUAGAGGUCCAAGAAAUUUAUUCGUUAAAGUAACGGACCCUUCGCAUUUUGGUGUUAGAUCAAAUAUAUAUUCGUGGAAUUCAAGAAGAGUACAAGAUGGCCGUAUUUGCGACGUUACUUCGUUAUCCACAAACCACAAAUUCAUUUCAAUAAAAAUUUGCUUUGGAUGAACGUUAAAAUAAGUGAUGAAAAAUCUACAAAUCUCGUUACGUCUACACUGUGGCAACCAACCAUUGUAAGUCGAUCAAAACUUGAAAGAGUUCCAUUGUCUCGAAAAGCUCAUCUGUUGAAGUUCACAAGCAGUAAUAGCAAAGGUUUGAUGAAAGCCCUUUGGAAAUCGAAAUCUAAAAAAAAAGUUUUCUUCAAUUGAAAAAUAGUAAUUAUUUUUUGUCAAAUGGCGUCGUAGGACGAACGGCCUGACAAAAUAAAUGUAUUAUCAUUUUACGUUCGCGUACAUAACAAAUUACCCGCUAUAGGCAUUAAGUAAUAGGAUUGAACAAAAGAAAAGAAAAGCAGGUAAACAAAAAAGAAGAAAAAAAUGUCAUGUUUCAAUUAACCGUAACCCAAGCUUAUGGUUUUACAAAUUCAAAAAACAAAAGAAGAAAAUGAAUAAAAGUGCCAUUGACAGCAUUUUUCAAAACUAUAAAACGUUGACACUAGCACCGACAAUACCUUAGCGUUAAACAGUACUUGCGACGGUUAAAAUUGCUUUAAAUUCUUUGGUCGUUACAUAUAAUGCGAGGAUCUACGAUGCAAGAAUGGAUGAGUAAUGAAAUCGAACGUUUCUCAUCAAAAUUGGAACGCUAUAAACCAACCGGUUCGGGUUAUAAUCGCAUACAACCCAUACGCCUAUCGAAAAGUGUCGUUCAUAUGCUGAACAAUCCCAUGCCAAAUCGAAGUAAUCAAAUUGAACAAUCCAGCCAAGUCAGAACAGAUAUUACACAAAGAGAACAGCAGCCACCGCAACAGGGGCAUUUACCACAGCAGCCGUCACCACCACCACCACCACCCGCAUAUCAACAUCACCAACGUUCACGAGGUGUCCUGAGUCUAACGCCAAAUGAAUGGGAAGAAAUGUAUCCGACUGUGGAGUUUCACAAUCAUCGUACACAAAUUUAAAAAAAAAAAUUAAAUAAAAUAAAAUUGUAAGAUAAGUUGUUUAUAGCAUCGUGCUUGGAACCCUGCGACUAUUUCUAUGUCCUUAUAAAUACAAAUAGCUAUUGCCGUCGUCGUUAUAAUGCAUUUUAGCAUUGCCUUUGUUUUGUAAUUUGUGUGAAUUUUAUUAAUUUAAUUAGUUUUUGUAAAAAAAUUGUUUUCAAUACAUAUGUGUACUAAUUUCGCAUACAUCAGACUUAUAACUAAACAAAUUAAUUAACUAUUUAUAUAUGAAAUAAUAAAUCAAUGUAUGUAUCAAUGUAUGAGUAAAUUAUUGUUAUUAUUAUUAUUAUUAUUAUUGUUAUAUAUGAGUAAAUAAAAGCAUCAUUUGUUACUAAAA